GAGCCGGCUGCCGGGGGCUGCGGCACACAGGUGCGGGAGCCGGCGCGGUGUCAAGUGCACCUCGGACGCACGGACCCCCGCGGAUUCGCAUUUUGCUCUUGUCUUCAGCAUGGAGGAACAGAACCCCCCUCCUGGGAAGGAGCUUCAGCACAGGACACGAGCAGAGGCCUCAGGAAAGAGUAGCUGGCACACCCAAGCCUAUGCCCUCGGAGCCGUCUCCAACUUCAUGUCUACUGUCCUGACCUUUCCUAUCUAUAAGGUUGUGUUCCGGCAACAGAUCCAUGCUGUCGCGGUGUCAGAGGCUGUGAGACAGCUUUGUCGUGAAGGCCCUCAAUACUUCUUCCGGGGAAUCUACCCGCCACUUCUCUCCAAGACACUGCAAGGGACUCUACUGUUUGGGACUUACGAUAGCCUGCUGUGCUUUCUCUCCCCAGUUGGACCACACUCCCUCGGACACCGCUGGGCUGCAGGGCUCAUGUCUGGUGUGGUGGAGGCUGUGAUGCUCAGCCCUUUUGAGAGGGUGCAAAAUGUGCUCCAGGAUGGCCGCAAACAAGCUCGCUUCCCCAGCACGUUCAGCAUUCUCAAGGAAUUCAAUUCCUAUGGGCUUUGGGGGCGGCUGUCGCUGGGCUACUAUCGUGGGUUCUGGCCUGUCCUUGUCAGGAACAGCCUGGGGAGUGCUCUCUAUUUCUCCUUCAAGGACCCCAUCCAAGAUGGCUUGGCAAAGCAAGGCCUGCCUCAUUGGGUCCCUGCCUUGGCAUCUGGGGUUGUCAAUGGAUCGAUCACCUGCUUAGUUCUGUAUCCUUUGAUUGUGCUCGUUGCCAAUAUGCAGUCCCAUGUUGGCUGGCAGAGUAUGCCAAGCCUGUGGGCCUCAGUCCAGGACGUGUGGGACACUCGGGGUCGAAAAGUAUUCCUGAUCUACCGCGGUGGCUCCCUGGUCAUCCUGAGAUCCAGCGUGACUUGGGGCAUCACUACUGCUAUCCAUGACUUCCUGCAGAGGAGGUCCCAUUCCAGAAAAGAGUGGAAAGACUAGCUGCAGGAAGUAUGGUUGUGGCCACUUUGUUCUUUUAAGCCUUCCUAGGUUGGUCUAAAUAGCUUACUUCUUUGGCUCAUCCCUUAGCAUCUCUGAACUGUCAUUGACGGGAGAAGCUCCUAACCACCAGUCAGAAAGAGAAAACCACCCCUGUCUGUCCACAACUUCAACAGCCUCAGACCCAGGAAGUCUUUAAAGAACUUAGAACCCAGCUCAAAUGUUAUUUCUUGCAGAAAUUCUUUGGCAAUAAGAGGAAGCCUGAAAAAUGACCUUGAUUAGGCACCGUGAGUUCUGGGAUCCCUCCAGUUGUCCUCCAGCCCCAACUAAGUGAAAGCCCACGAAGUCCGGUUUCAAAGACCCAAGCUGGACUUGGUUGGGGAGUCCACAGAACUUCAACAAUAGCUACGUUUCCAUAACAUUGUUUACUACCGCUACCACUACCCCUACUCUCACCUGUCAAGGCCACAUGGGUCCUAGUUUUAGGGUGGCAGUGGUGGCUGGACAUCUUCAAGUAGAUUUGCCUCAACUGAUGUGGUGCUGCAAGAGCUGGUGGGGCUGGAAUUGGGAGUGGGAAGAGGUGUGGUCCCUGGAUGGAUAGAAAGAAUAGACUUCGAGGAAAGAUUUAGUUGCAUGCAGAAUAGAAAAAUUACUAUAGGUUGCUUGGUGGUAUCUGCUGGGACGUUUUUGAUAGCAAGGCAAUAACAUUGCCUAGAAACCACUUGGGUUUCCCUAAGAAACCUGGUAGUGAUUUGAUCAUAUCUCUUCACAAGUAAUUGCCUAUUUUAUUGCUGUGGAUAAAUAUAGUUCCUGUGACAUAAAUUAAAGAUCAGAAAUCCUACCCUGUCAUUCAGAGCCAUGCAGUGUGUUCCCAAUGCCCUGCAGCAUUUCAUCAUACCUUUCCCACUUACACAGAUCCCAUGCAUUAACCAAACUGGACUGUUGCCUCCCCAGACACAUCUCGAACUUUUCCAUUGCCCUGUUUUGUUUGGUCCACACUACUCUCUCCAGCUGCAUAUGCCAGUCUGCCAAAAUCCUUCUCGUUCCUCAAAGCCCAACUCAGAUGCCACCUUCUCUAUGCAGCCUCUUCAGAUAUCCUACAACUGAAUGUGACAUUAGUUCCUUGUGAUGCCCCCUCCUUCCACACUUCAUACAUGAUACUGAUUCCAUUAUGAUAUUAUGUGGGCCUGUAUUCUUGGUGUGCUUCAAAGCCUAUUAGACUACAAACUUGAAAGCAGGGAUUCUUGUCUGCAUUUUGAAAUUUUCCAUUGUGCCUAGGUGCUCAAUAAUGUUGGCUGAAUUGAUUAUCAAGCUGUGAUAUGGUCUUUAUCCUCAGGGUGCUGUCCCUUAUACAUGAAGAUAAUGUUGUUAUUGGCUCACUGUCAACAAGACACAUGCCUUUGGGAUUUAUUUUGUUUUCUUUUAUUAGUGAAUUUAGUUUGUGCUAAUGAUAAUGAUGCUGCUGCUGAUAAUAACAAUAAUAAAAAAUGACUUUCAACUGGAACAUGUGAUUAGUUUUAUUAUUGGAUGUUUACUUUUAGCAACGCUGUAAGAACUGAAAUUUCACAAACAGACACACA